GGGAGAGGCUGGUUUGUUGACUGAGUUGGGGCUUUGGUAGUGCUGUAGCUGCCACUGCUGAACUAGCUAGCUACCCUGUCAGAGUUACAGCUAUUCAUUUGACAAGUUGUCAAUAAUGUAACUCUCGUCGUACAACUGCUGCCACCGGUUCCGGCACAAUGAGAGGAAUUCCGCGUUUUCGGGACAUGUUAUAACAGAGCACGGCGUGGUUUUAACUAGCUAACAAUAGCUUAAGUUACGAGAUUGACAAGAUAGACGGCUGAAGUUCCUCCGGAGUGAGAUGGGCAACGUUAGGCUGAAUGAAGGUAGCUAGUGUAGCGGGCUAGCCAGCUGAGUGCGACAUGGAAAUAAGAAUAUUUCCAAAUGGAUUUCGACCAUAUUGUGAAUUGCCAUUUAUUUGGGUAGUUGUUUGAGUACUGAACUUAAAUAACUGGAGCAGCGGUUUCGCAGGGCGUAGUUGUCAAACUGUCGCUCGUCCUGGCUGCAUCGCUGGCCUAGGAAGCUAGCAGCAAGCUAGCUAGCUGCACGUCUGGCUCCUCCACCAAAGUUGCAUGUUGUCGAUGGCCUCCCCGCCAGCCAUGGACACUCUUACUGACACAUGCCCCGCGGUGCACCAGAAUGGGACAGCCCAUCGGGAAUCUGCAGACACAAGGCCGGCCGCUGCUGUUCUGAGACUUCAUUUCUACCACAGCAGCCAGGGAGUGGCCGACUUCCUCGGCUACCCUCCUGGGGACUAUGUGGCUGAGGAGCUUUGUAUAGAUGCAGCCAAGGCGUGCAGUAUAUCACCUUUGUACUGCAGCCUUUUUGGUCUCUUCCGAGAACGAGACCGCUUGUGGUUUUCACCCAACCACAUCUUUCAGCUUGAUGAACUGGCUUCAGAAGAUGUGUUUUUCAGGAUAAGGUACUACUUCCCUGGCUGGUACAGUGGUGGUGCAUCCCGGGCAUAUCGAUAUGGGGUCGCCAAGGGGUCAGAAAGCCCUGUCCUUGAUGACUUUGUGAUGUUGUACCUUUUCUCUCAGUGGAGAAAUGAUUUUGUCAGUGGCUUGGUGAAGAUUCCCAACUCCCAUGAGACUCAAGAAGAGUGUCUUGGCAUGGCUGUACUUGACAUGACAAGAACAGCCAAGGAGAGACAGCAGUCACCUCUGGACAUUUACCACACUAUAAGCUACAAGUCCUUUUUGCCAAAGGACAUGCGAGCUCAGAUCCAAGAUUGCAACUUCUUGACACGCAAGCGAAUCCGCUUUCGCUUCAAGCGCUUCAUCCAGCAGUUCAGCCAGUGUCGGACCACAGCUCGCGACCUCAAACUCAAGUACCUCAUCAGCAUGGAGUCCCUAGAGAAGACCUUCUACACAGAGACCUUCCAGGUCAGGGAACCAUCCAGUGGACAGCUCAUCAUCCUGGUGGCAGCAGACAGUGGCAUCCAGUGGUGUCGAGAGAAACUGAAAGAUUCUGACCAGGAGCUGCAGACCUUGUGUGACUUCCCUGAUGUCACCGACAUCAGCAUCAAACAGGCCAGCAAGGAGGGUGCUGCAGAGAGUCGAGUGGUCACCAUCAACAAACAAGAUGGAAAAAAUUUGGAGCUAGAGUUCUCCAGCCUCUCUGAAGCCCUCUCCUUUGUGUCCCUCAUCGAUGGUUACUAUCGGCUGACUACAGAUGCACAUCACUACCUUUGUAAAGAAGUGGCUCCUCCAAGACUCGUGGAGUACAUUGCCUCCCAUUGCCACGGCCCCAUCGCAAUGGAGUUUGCCAUCAAUCGGCUUCAGAAAAGUGGAAACAAGCAAGGAUUGUUCAUUUUGAGAUGCAGUCCUAAAGACUUCGACAAGUAUUUUCUGACUUUCCCUGUUGAGGUCUAUGAUACUGUAGAAUACAAACACUGCCAGAUAACCAGGUCAUCCAACGGGGAGUUUAACCUCAGCGGAACCAAAAGAAACUUCAGCAGCUUGCAGGAACUACUGUGCUGCUACCAAAAGGAAACUGUGCGUUCUGACAGCAUCAUUUUCCAGUUCAGCAAAUGCUGUCCACCUAAAUCCAAAGAAAAGUCCUGCCUCCUCGUGUGCAGGAGCAACAAGGGCUCUGAAGUGCCUCUAUCUCCAUCACUACAUCGACACAACAUCAGUCAAAUGGUGUUUCACAAGAUCAGGAAAGAAGAUCUGGAAUUUAUGGAGAGUCUGGGUCAAGGGACAUUUACCAAGAUCUUCAAAGGGGUUCGCAAGGAGCUGGGAGACUAUGGACAAGUGCACCAAACUGAAGUGGUCAUGAAAGUACUGGACCAGGCCCACAGGAAUUAUUCUGAGUCGUUCUUUGAAGCUGCCAGCAUGAUGAGCCAGUUGUCCCAUAAGCACCUGAUCCUUAACUAUGGCGUGUGUGUCUGUGGAGAAGAGAAUAUCAUGGUGCAGGAGUAUGUGAAGUUUGGUUCACUGGACACCUACUUGAAGAAGAACAAAAACUCCAUUAACAUCCUGUGGAAGCUGGAGGUGGCUAAACAGCUGGCCUGGGCAAUGAACUUCCUGGAAGAAAAACAUCUUGUCCAUGGAAAUGUCUGCGCUAAAAACGUUCUUCUGAUCAGAGAGGACGACCGGAGGGCUGGGAACCCCCCCUUCAUCAAACUGAGCGACCCUGGCAUCAGCAUCACUGUCCUGCCCAAAGAAAUCUUGAUUGAGAGGAUCCCUUGGGUGCCCCCUGAGUGUAUCGGGGAUCCUGCCAACCUGUGCCUGGCUGUGGACAAGUGGAGCUUUGGCACCACACUAUGGGAGAUCUGCAGUGGUGGGGAGAAACCAUUAGCAACACUGGACAACACUAAGAAAGUGCUGUUCUAUGAGGACCACCACCAGCUUCCUGCACCAAAAUGGACUGAACUGGCAAAUUUGAUCACCAGCUGCAUGGACUACGAGCCCACGUUCAGGCCCACAUUUCGUGCCGUCAUCCGGGACCUCCACAGCCUCUUCACACCAGACUAUGAAUUGAUUGUGGAUAGUGACAUCCUACCAAACAGGGCAGUGGGCCCUGGCUGGUCGACGGGAGGUUUUGAGAGUCAGGAGCCAGCUCAGUUUGAAGAGAGACACCUCAUAUUCUUACAGCAGCUGGGCAAGGGAAACUUUGGCAGUGUGGAGAUGUGUAGAUAUGACCCUCUUCAGGACAACACUGGAGAGGUAGUUGCUGUGAAGAAACUCCAGCACAGCACUGCAGAGCACAUUCGGGACUUUGAGCGAGAGAUCGAGAUCCUGAAAUCUCUGCAGCACGAGAACAUUGUCAAGUACAAAGGCGUUUGCUACAGCGCAGGGCGACGAAAUCUCCGUCUCAUUAUGGAAUACCUUCCCUUUGGAAGUCUGCGAGAUUACCUCAUGAAAAACAAGGAGCGGAUCGACCACAUGAAGCUUGUGCAUUACACGUCUCAGAUCUGCAAGGGUAUGGAGUAUCUGUCAAACAAGCGUUAUAUCCACAGAGACCUGGCAACACGAAAUAUACUUGUGGAAAGCGAGCUGAGAGUGAAGAUCGGAGAUUUCGGCCUCACCAAAGUUCUGCCUCAGGACAAAGAGUACUACAUGGUCAAAGAGCCGGGAGAGAGUCCCAUUUUCUGGUAUGCUCCCGAGUCAUUGACAGAGAGCAAGUUUUCUGUGGCGUCAGAUGUCUGGAGCUUUGGAGUGGUGCUCUAUGAGCUCUUCACACACAGUGACAAGAACAGCAGCCCUCCUGCAGUUUUUAUGUCCAUGAUGGGGAAUGACAAACAGGGACAGUUAAUUGUCUAUCACCUCAUCGAGCUCCUCAAGUCAGGCAGCAGGCUGCCCCAACCACUGGGGUGUCCCACAGAGAUACAUGAAAUCAUGGAGGAGUGCUGGGACAACGACCCCUGUUUGCGUCCUUCUUUCAAGGAGCUUGCUCUGCGCAUCGACCUGUUCAGGGACAGUAAGGAGUUUUAGACAGAGAAAUCACCUCAAGUGCCGUGCUCAUCAUCAGCCGAGUCUCUCUUAACAUUGUCGCCAUGUUUGUGGACAAAGGCCAAAACAAGGUCCUUCUGCUGUUGAGUGGCAGCGUUUUGCAAAGCUGAUUGUGACUGGAAGAGCGGUGGUUAGAAACCAGGACCAGCUCAGAAACUACUGCCAAGGUGCCUUUAAGCAAGGCACUCCACACCCAUUUCUAUAGUACAGCAGCUCAGUGGCAAGCAGCAGACUGGAAAUGGCGGCUUGGAUUCAAGGAACUGCUGUUGCUGAAAAAGAGCAGAUGUGUUGGGUCAAACAUCUGGAUAAAGUUUUAUAAGAAGAGCUUUUGAAGACUGUGAGUAGACUAUUACCAGGCCUAAAGCUAGUGAUGCUUGUGUCAAACAAGUUGUGUGUCUAAGUGUGUGUGUGUGAGAGAGAGUGAGAGAGACUGUGUGUUUGUUUGUUUGUGUCCAUACAUACAGCUAGCAGGGCUGGCUCUUGCCAUCCCCUUUUCCCCUCACCUAAAGAAAAUUGACUUUCUAUGUAUGUGUAUAUAAAUACAGUAUCAUUGUGUACAUAUGUCCAGAAAAAUUUUAUAAUUUUAUAAAAUGAAAAUAUAGUAAAAUACUAUAUUUGAACUGCCAGCAAAAUGUCAGUGUAAAUGAAGUACAUACAAAGGUGAUUUAAAAUCCAUUCUUGUUUUAUGUUUUCAUUGUGAGAGGUGGUGUGUAAAUUAAAGAAGUUUAAUUCCACAAUAAAUCUGUUCAGUGAA